AGUCGGGCCGGCGCAGCGGCGGGGUGCGGACCGGGCGGCAAGCUGGCGACCAAGGCGCAACCCAUCGUAGACUAUGAGACCUACAUGCUGGCCUUCCUGAGGCUACUCGGGAAGUCAGCACUAUGGUCCAGCGUUGGCGGUGGCGAUGCCUCCAAGAUGGGCCCAGCCGGGGCCCAGGGCGGGGCCCCGAGCGUGUCGGGCGCCGCCGGGGGUCUUCUGCCCGGUCAGACAGCGCCCCAGGGCAUCUUCCACAGCUGGGUCUCCAUGGUGGCAGAACAGAUGGGCCACCACGAGGUCCACUACCCGUGGGUCAACGGAGAGAUGAAGAUGGGGGCAGAUGUCAACGGAGGAGGCGUAAACAAAGCUCACAACCCGCUGGACGAGAACAACCCGUACCUGUACGGCGCUCGGGCCAACGGCACCAGCCCCGGCUCGCCGCCCGUGGUGACAUCUAGCGGCCACGCCGGCAACAUGCUGGUGGUGCCGCAGCCGAGUCUGCUGACCUCCAAGCUGCCCACGGGGCACCCCACCAUGCCAUCUGGGUACCUGCCGGCCGGCGCGCCGGUCGGAGCGACCAACAACACUGGGAGGAAAUACCAGUGCAAGAUGUGCCCCCAGAUGUUCGCCUCCAAGGCCGAUCUCCAGAUGCACGUGCAGGUGCACAUGCGGGAGGCCAAGCCGUACAAGUGCAGUCAGUGCAGCAAGGCGUUCGCCAACAGCUCCUACCUGUCGCAGCACACGCGCAUCCACCUGGGCAUCAAGCCGUACCGCUGUGAGAUCUGCCAGCGCAAGUUCACGCAGCUGUCGCACCUUCAGCAGCACAUCCGCACUCACACGGGCGACAAGCCGUACAAGUGCCGCCACCCGGGCUGCUCCAAGGCGUUCUCGCAGCUCUCCAACCUGCAGAGCCACUCACGCUGCCACCAGACCGACAAGCCCUACAAGUGCAACUCGUGCUACAAGUGCUUCACCGACGAGGCCAGUCUGCUGGAGCACAUCCCCAAGCACAAGGAGUCGAAGCACCUCAAGACGCAGAUCUGUCCGUACUGCGGGAAGAGCUACACGCAGGAGACCUACCUGCAGAAGCACAUGCAGAAACACGCCGAUCGCGUCGACAAGCGUGGCGUGCCGGGUCUGGGCGCGCCCCAGCGGCUCGAGAACCCCUACUGGCCCAAGGAUGACUUUGACGUGAACGCCGGCGGAGCAGCUCUGCAAUCCCCGCUGGACCCGACGCGUCUCCACCUGGGCCGUGAUGGUCUGGAGCACCGCGUACUCAGCCUGGAGGAUGGCCGGCCGGCGCACAGCCUGGCGCAGAACGUGGUCUACGACAUGCCACGGGCCUCGGUGGCCUCAUCGUCGGCGUUCACGCCAAUCCAGAGCAUGGCUCCGGCGGUGGGCGCCGCGCCGCUGCCCCUCCAGAUGCCGCCCACGUCGCAGCGCUACUUCUACGACCCCAACAGCUUCCCCAAGGCCGGGGGAGGUCUCGAGAUGAAGCCGGCGGGCAACACCAGCGGCUUCAUCUCGCUGCACCAGAUCAGCAGCUACGCGCAGCAGCAGCGCGGAGGCGGCGCCGGCGCCGGCGGUGACCUGCUCGGACUCAAAGACAAGCCGCCACCACAAACGCAAUAGGUCGACGGAGGAGCCGGAGCCGCCGCCGCCGCUGCUGGCAGCGCUGGUGAUCAUUGAAGACGAAGCAAAGCUGACGGCGGAAGACGGCAGUCACUGCGGGCUGACUCAUAUCGGAAGCGGAAGACUCCGUCUGGUUAAACGCCGCGGCUGACGCGGGCUCUCCGGCGUGCGUCGCUCUCUCCCUCUCUCACUCUCUGUGUACAUUCUGCAUAUAUUGUAGAUGUGUUAACCGACCUGUUGUUAUCGUUGUGUGCUCACUAGAGCCAGCGCGGCGGCGCGGGCGGCCGGUCGCGCGGCCCGGCCCGCCCCACUGCCCCACUGUUUGUGUCCCUCCCAGCACGCUCGCGGGCCGCCACGGGGCCCACUCGGGGCCCGGGCCCAGUGAGCUGACGGGUCAGCCAGCUUGUAGUACUGCCUGUGGGGGGUCGGUGGAUUGGGUGGGCGCGCCGCAGGGCUGCCACCGGGGUGGUGCUGAUGACGCAAUGAUGACGUCACCGGUCGUAGGCGGGCGAGGAUAGGCUGCUAGUACGGCGACCCGGACCACAUACCUCAUUGCUGUUGUGUGCGGGUGUGGCUGUUGCCCCUAACCGAGCGAAUUUGACCGCCAGCGUGGCGGGUGUGGAAAUUUUAACAUAAUCACUAGCUGUUGUUUGGGGUGUCAGCGUUUAAAUUGGGCAGAUUUUUGGCAGAUUUUACGUGUUGACUAUCAAUUUUUAAUUAGUGGUAUGCUUUCGGCAACUUGGCUUUAUAACCAUCAAACUUUGGGUUUGAUGCCUAUCGUGGAAAGACGACUUCAGUCCCUGAAUAAGCUCAGUGUUUCAUUUUAAAAUGGACAAACUAAAUUUAUUUAUUCGGCAAACUAUUCUGCUGCCUGUCAUGACUCACUGUACUGGCAUUGACUUUGGAAACGUUAAAUGUUAACUGCCAUAUUUUGGUAUUUACUAGUUCAGUGUUUCGUGUUAGCGAUAGUCUGGGACGUCAUCUCAGCGCCAGGCGAGGUCAGGUCACCGCGUGUGACCCAGUGUGACCCGGUGUGACCUCAGGUCACCGAGUGACCUGCCGGCGGCGGUUGGCAGGCCAGCCGCCGCUCCCAUAGAACCCAAUCAAACUGGCAUUGUAAAUAACCACCACAGCUGCAUCAAUCAAACAGGGUAGAGGCGCUGGCGGCGCCACGGCGCCCGCGCACGGGUUGUUCGGGCAGGGAGAAGGCACCUCGCCGGCCGGCUCAGGCGCUUCUCGGAUUGGUUGCUUUCUGCGUGCGCUGACUUGUUUCACGUGUUUGCGAUGAGCGUGCGCCGCGCCGCUAGGCUGCGGAGUCGGCCCGUACAGUGUGGUGUUUGUUACGUGUUAUUUCUUGCUGUUAUAGAUAUAGGCGCGCACAGUCGCGCAGUUUGUAAUUUUCUAGGCGCGGCGGUAUGUGAGCCAGUUGGUAUUUCGGGGACGGGGAGGCGCAAUUGAAUUAUGUUUGUUGUAUCAUACUGUAAGAUAUUUCAUUACCUUUCGUGCUGGGAAGCUCGCAUCUCAGGCGUGGCUGUCGCCCGCGGGCAAGACGCCCUGAGUGACCUGUGGGUGACCUCGGCGACCUUGACCUGUGGGCGACCCGGGCGACCGGAUGGCGACUAGUGGCGGCGGUUGUGACUCGAGUUGGCAAGUGAUAAACAGUGUCAAACGCUGUCUAAUUGUCAAUGCAACCAUACCGCCUGUGGGAGAGAAGGAAGGACAUCUAAUGUCGACCUCAAUCAUCGACCUUACCAAGGUUCGACAAGGUCAAGUGAUGGACUGUGAUCGUGCCGGGUGUCACAGUGAUUCCGGUGGGAUGUAGUGGGACUCGGUGCUUGACAAGGCGCUCACAGCGGCGCCGCGGGCCCCCGAACAACUCCCCGGAUGCGACCGGCGCCGCCAGCAUGGCUCCUUAUUUCGCCGCCUGCGUUGUUCUGUUUGCUUUGUCAAAUGCCGUGCUCCCAGCUUUUUGCGCUGCGAAAAGACUACGGCGAAACUGCCAGGUUAUGUUGGUGACUCGGCGGCUGCGGCUGCUACGAUGGACUGGGGAUGCCAGAUGGAUUGGGUGCCAGAUGGGCGCCGGACCGCCGCUGGGGAGGGUUGGAUCCGUGAGUUUCACGGAGGACGUUCGAAGAUGCGUGGCACGUUCUUGUACAAUUUUACUAUCGAUAUCGCUUGAAUAAAGUCUUGUAUCGUA